UUGCUUGCACCAUUUUGAGUAGAAUUGAGUUGGCAGCGCAACAUCAUUUAGAUGUUGCCAGCCCUAGCUAAAUGCAUGAAAGAAAAUAAGUAGGAAUCAUCACGCAGUUAACUAUUUUGGGGUGUUGAAGCCGAACAAACAAUUUGCAAACCAUUUGGCUUGCGAGUGAAGCGACUUUAUUAUGAAUUUAACGGAGCAGAAUCCGUAUGGCAAUGGCCUGCUCUAUGCUGGCUUUAACCAGGACCAAGGAUGUUUUGCUUGUGCCACGGACACCGGGUUUAGGGUGUACAACUGCGAUCCGCUUAAAGAGAAGGAACGCCAAUACUUUCCUGAAGGUGGCCUCAGCCAUGUUGAAAUGCUCUUUCGCUGCAAUUAUCUGGCGCUUGUUGGUGGCGGUAUUCGGCCCCUGUAUCCGCCCAACAAGGUGAUUGUCUGGGAUGAUCUCAAGAAAUCACCGGCCAUAACUCUGGAUUUUAAUCAACCUGUGCGCGCUGUACGCCUGAGACGGGAUCGGAUUGUCGUUGUGCUGGAGGGCAUCAUUAAAGUGUAUACAUUUACACAGCAGCCACAGCAGCUGCAUGUGUUUGAAACUAGCUCCAAUCCCAAUGGCUUGUGCGUCUUGUGUCCGCACAGCAAUAAAAGCCUACUCGCAUUCCCAGGUCGACGUACCGGUCAUGUACAAAUCGUUGAUCUUGCCAAUACAGAGCGUGCCCCAUUGGAGGUGAUUGCGCAUGAGGCGGCCAUCAGUUGCAUUGCAUUAAACUUGCAGGGCACUCGCUUGGCCACCGCCGGCGAGAAAGGUACCCUUAUACGCAUUUUCGAUACGGAGAAUGGCAAAAAGGUAUCAGAGCUGCGGCGCGGUAGUAAUCAUGCAAACAUAUUUUGCAUCAAUUUUAAUCAUCAGUCCACAAUGAUUGUUGUGGCGUCCGAUCAUGGAACCAUACACGUCUUUAAUUUGGAGGACAACAAGGCGCGCGAAUCAUCGCUUCCGAUUAUACCCAAGUAUUUCUCAAGUCAAUGGAGUUUUGUUAAAUUUUCCAUACCGCAGGGACCUCGCUGUAUUUGUGCCUUUGGUGCCGAAUCCAAUUCGGUUGUGGCUAUUUGUGCGGAUGGACACUACUACAAAUUCCUAUUCAAUAACAAAGGCGAAUGCAGUCGGGAUGUGUGCACGCAGUUCCUUGAGCUGCAGGAUGACGAAACAUAAAGUCGAACAAUUACUGUGUGGCACCUAUAUAAGCAUAUUAAUAUACAUACAUGAAAUUCGUGUUACACAAUUUAAUAUUUAAGCAUGCUUUAAACCUACCUUACAAGGCGAAGUUCACAUAAAACUGUAGUUAACAAUUGUAAAUGUUACACAAUUAAUUCGACUUGCCGUUCUUCCAGCUGGGAUCGCUUGAAUUUAGAGCUGCUCUAUUACUCAAAUUUGCGGAACGUCGCUCGAAUUGCAUUCUAUAUCUUAUAGACUUGACAAUUGCAAUACUGAAUACAGUAAAAGAGUUCAAAUUUUCGUAUUUGUUAUUCAAUAUAUUAUUACGAGACGUGUUGUAAUGCUCGAAUUUUUAAGUAUGUGGAACAUGGAUCGAAUGGCAUAUUAAAUUAAAAACGUCUGAGUGCUGCAAUACUCAAUGCAAUUCAGUUUUUUGUAAUAGGCAUACAUGCCAAUCUUCAAUGGAGAAUCGUACUCUACAGGACUAAAGUGCCCUUUUACAAGAUGUGCGGCUCAUUGAAAACACCAUUUUAAUCGGCAAACGGUUGCUAAAAAGGAUUCCGCCCGAAAGUUAUAAGUCGCAUUACCUGUAAUAGCAUGCUUUGUGCGCGAUAACUAUCCCAAACAAUGCGCAGAUGUCAACGCGGAAAAGCUCAAGAAUAUCAUCUUUGAUCUUGGAUCUUGGAUCCAUCAGCCCCUGUCUGUGGGACGAAGUACUGUACUGGCAAGGAUCUGUGCAAGAAUAACAAGCAAUGUGAAAUAUAGCUUUCGGGCAGAGUCCUUUUUGGCAAUCGUCUUCUGGCUAAAAUGGAUUCUGCAAUGACAGGCACAUCUUUUAAAAAGGCACUUUAGUCCUAUAGAGUGGGAUUCUGGAUUGAUGAUUGGCACAUAUGCUUAUUAUAAAGAAUCUGCGUGAAUACCAGAACUAACACAAUUCGCAACUUCCUGUAUUGAUCAAACUUUCACUUAUUAAACAAAUAAAACAGCACUAACUGAGA